GGGAGGGGGGAGGGGGAAGCGGGGCAGCGACGCGGGGGCGCCAUGGCCGCCGGGCCGGCGUGGCCCAUCGCGGAGGUCGUGGCGUGCACCUCGGGGCCACAGUGGGACCCGAAGGGGGAGGACCAGAUCAUCUUCCGGGUGCUCCACAAGUACAUACUGACCUCCGAGGGCCCCGCGCUGGAGGAAGCUGCCAAGGACGCGAAGGUUGUCUGGAUUUUCCUGAUAGAAAUCGGCAAGAGGAACAAGCCUCUGAAGCAGCAGGUGUUGGAGUGCUUCCACGUGCUGAUGGAAAGCAAGGCCUGGGAGUCCUCCCUCGCCGCCAGCGCCUCGCUCCAGCGGGCGGCCGGGGAGCUGCCGGAGGGCCUGCAGGCCCCCCUGGCGCUGCAGAGCCGGGCGCUGCUGAGCUCCCUGACCCCGGAGGCGCUGGCGAGGCUGAGGGAGGCGCCGCAGGAGCCCCAGCAGGUCAACGUCCACCAGAGCAUCGCCAGAUUCCGCGAGGCUGACUUGCUGAGGCAGGGCCUGCUGCAGGAGGACCAGGAGAGCCCGGCGGGCGACGGCGGCGCCGCGGCCGCAGAGGCUCGUGCGGCCGAGUCCGGGCCCGCCAGAGACCAGCUCCGCAAGGGGAUCGACAUGGUCGUGGCGCUCGAGGUGCCGAAGAGGACCGACGACCCCGGCCUGUCGGCGUUCAACCAGCUGCGGCGCGGCUGCCUGCACGCCGCGCACCUGCCCGAGGUCUACGAGGCCGAGGCCGGGCACGGGCCGGUGGUGCUCGACUUCUUGGUGGACUUCACGAAGCGGCACCACAGGAUCCGCAUGAAGCAGAUCUGCGAGGUGCUCAACCUGCUCCUCCACUCGCCAGGCUGGGUCUCCGCGCUGGACGCGUCCUCGGACUUUCUGUCGCGCGUGCAGCAGGAGCUGCCGCCCGACGCGCAGGCCGCCUUCUCGCUGCAGAGCUCCAGGAUCCGCAGCGCCGUGCCGGCCGACGUGCUGCAGGCGGCCGAGAAGAAGCCCUCGGCGGGCCUCACGCAGGCGAAGAAGGUGGCCGAGUCGAUGAGCAGCAUGCGCCAGAGCCUCUUCGGCCUCCCGCCCCCGACGCCCGCCGCGGGCGGCGCGGGGCCGCUGGCGCCGAUCCUGGAGGCUGCCCCCGCCCAGGAGGCCGCCCCCGUGCCGACCAACAGCGCAGCCAAGGCGGCCGGCGCCGCGGUCAACCCGCUGCUGCGGGCGGGCCUCUUGACGGUGGACAGCACGCCGCCCGCGCAGGAGCCCGCCCAGGAGGCGGCGGACCCCGCGGCUGCCCAGGAGCCCGCCCAGGAGGCGACGUCGCCCAAGCGGAGGUCUGCCUUCGCAGAGGCCACGGGGGGCAUCAAGGACAAGCUGAAGGGGGCCGCGGGGGGCAUCAAGAACAUGUUCGGGGGCAAGGAGAAGGAGCCAGAGGAGCAGCUCCCGAUGCUCCCGGCUGGCCAGCCCGAGGGUGGGCACGGGCUUCAGGUGGGCGACGCGGUCGAGGUGUACAGCAACUCCAAGCAAGCUUGGUGCCCCGGCACCGUCGAGAAGGUCUCGGGGCAGAUGGUGACGGUCACGUACCAGACGCCGGGUGGGGCUGCGGGAGAGCUGGCUCGUAAGGAGCUCCCCGGGACCCACGAGACGCUGCGCAGGACACGAGGCGGCGCGCAGGCGACGCCGACAGGCGGCCCCGCCUCGCCGCAAGCCUCCGCGCCUGGCGGCUAUCCCGCCCAUGCUUCGCACGGGCUCCAGGUGGGCGACGCGGUCGAGGUGUACAGCAACUCCAAGCAAGCUUGGUGCCCCGGCACCGUCGAGAAGGUCUCGGGGCAGAUGGUGACGGUCACGUACCAGACGGGCGGCGCUGCGGGGGAGCUGGCCCGCAAGGAGCUCCCCGGAACCCACGAGACGCUGCGCAGGACCCGCGGCGCCUCGCCCGGGACUCCGGCGACAGAGGCCGCGGCCGCCGCGGGCACGGGGCAGCCGAAGGGCGCCGCCGCGGCGGCGGGCUUCCUGCAGCAGCGGGCGCAGGCCGCGGCGGCGGCCGCGGCGCAGCAGGCGGCGCAGCUGCAGGGGGCCGCCGCCUCGGCGGGCGCGGGCGCCGCGGCGGCGGCCUCGCAGCAGCACGCCGCGGCCGCGGCCGCGGCGGCCCAGCAGAAGGGGGCCGCCGCCGUGGCCGCCCUGGCGGGCGCGGGGCAGCGGGCGAAGGAGGCCGCCGCCCCCGCGGCCGCCGCCGCCGCCGCGGCGCUCGGCGCGGCGGCGGGCUCGCCGCCCGGCGCCGCCGGCAGCGGCUGGACGCGGGAGGAGAGCGAGGUCUACGCGAGGGCCUUCGUGGACUGCGGCGGGGGGGACCCAGGCAUCGGGGAAACGGAAGCCUCUGGGCAGGUCGGGGCUGCCCAGAAAGGCCCUCAAGGAGAUCUGGGCGGCGUGCAACCCGAAGAUGGCGCCGUCGCUGGACCAGGAGGGAUGGGGUCGGCGGAUUUUUCCACGGCUGCCGCCUCGUCGGCCACUGUCAGGCCCUGCAGAGCGACGCCGCCAGGGCGCCCCUUCUGGAGGCCGGCGGCGACCCCUUGCGGCAGCUCCUGACCUCGGCGGACUUCUCCAGCCGCCCCCCCGCGCGCUUGCUCGCCAUCGUUUGACGACACAUCUCUGGCAGCGGGCGUAGCGCUUGGACCGAAGAAGGGAAAUUCGGAGGAGGAAGACGUUCUGAUGCCGCUGCCCAUCCUUCGUUCUCCCCUCCUUGGGCCUCCUGGGAGGCCGUCGUCG